GCUCGCCAACCUUUGACACAACACAUAUGAUUCUAAUUCGAACCACAUUUAUCUCCAUGCUUUCUAAAUUUUAGUACUUGAAAAGCCGUGUUGCAUUUUUAAUGCUCAGUUAGAUGAGUUGGAAAUCAUCAUCAGAGAUAAUCAAACUACAGUAAUCAGCAAAAACUUCCAAAUUGGACUCCAAGUGCCCGGAGAGAGAAAGCCGUCAAAAACAGUCAUAGCGAGUGUGAGUCGGUUUCUCAGAAUUAGGGCACGCAGUCCCCAAAUAUCAACGGAAAGGUACUACUCUCCGUCGUCUCCGAAAGCAUCGUCCUCUCCACCACCAUCUUUAUUCUUCUUCUUCUAUCGGCAGGUAAUGGAAAAUCGGCCAAUUGAGAUUUCUUCAUCGCCCAGAUUCAUUUGGAGAAUAGACAACUUUUCCAAGCUGGAUGCCAAACUAAUUCACCGUGAACUGCCAAAAAUGGAAGAUAGUGAUUUAUCCAAAAGGAACUAAUGAAGCUGAUCAAUACUUAUCGAUGUACCUUAAGAGCGCUGAAGAUAACUCAGUCAGAGUGUCUUAUGUGGAGUUCAAUUUGGCUAUAGUUAAUCAAAUAUUUAUCAAUCACACAGUGAAAUUCGAAGCACAAAGAGAGUUUUCCUCACGAAGUAGUAGUGGUUGGGGGUUUUCCAGAUUCUUGCCUCUUGCUAAACUCCGUGACCCUGACAAGGGGUAUCUCGUGAAUGAAACCUUUAUUGUGAAAGUCGAAACCUUUAUUGUGAAAGUCGAUGUUUUUGAGUGUAGAUGGAUGGAUAAGAACUCAACCAAGAAUCACAGUAUAGGGCUGGGCUUGAGUGAGCAACAAAAAAUUCAACCUGCAGUACCUGCUGAGGUCGUAAAACACACAAUGGAAAACGGUGCAGCCAAAGUUCAAGAGGAGCCCGUUAAGAAGAAAGUAAAGCAAGAAAGUUGCUUGGACUAUAUACUGCUACUAGUUGUCGAUGCCAAUCCAGAAGCCCAAGUAGCAAUGCAGUAUCAAAGAGCUGGCAAACUCUUUGAAUUUGGCCAGUCUCAUCAUGUCAAAGGCAUUGCUCUCGAUGGUGAGAAGUUUGAAGAUGUUGGAGGCUUCAGUGUUCUCAAAUCACAGGCUUCCUUGUAUAAAAAUAUCUGGUUGAAAUAUGGACAUAUUGCAUCAAGCCAAGUUCUGACAGCUUCUUCAUAUAUGGGCCAAGUAUGGUUGGUUGCUGAUAUAAUGAGCUCUAUUGUGGAGAUGACUGAUUUUCGGUUUGUUGACAUGUCCUCUGAAGUGAUUGAGUUGUGGGAGAACAAGAUAAAGAUGGCCGAGGCACUUGAAUUCAACAUAAAAUGGCUUCGAGAACGACUCGAGGAUGUCAAAAAGUGCUUUAAAGGGAUUCAGAAGUGUAAAAACGCACUGCAGGAGCAAGUUCAGCCUUUGAAGGCCGCAAAGGUUCAGGUGAUUGCAGCAGCGAACGAGUUGAAGAAGGCCCAAUCACGGCUUAUCGCAGCAGAAGAUAAACUGAGAGAGAACAUAUCUUCCCUGGUGAAAAGGACGCGUCCCUUUUCAGUGUCAGAGUCAGACAUUGGAAUGUACUUAGAAAAAGGCGACACUCUAAUUUUGGAUGGGAUCUUUUAACACUAACUUUAAAGCCUUCUAGAGGGCAAUCAGACUACAAAUUCAGUUACCAGGACCAUAUAGCUUUCUAGUGAAGGACUGUAGAUAUGCAGUAGAUGUUAUUUUGCUGACAGACAUGUAAAUUUUGCUUAGUCCUCUAGUUUAUUAGAAUCACUCUGUCAUUUGUUGUUGUGAUUGUCAGGAAAUUGUAUGACCAUUAGCCAUCAAAAUUACCUCAAAAAAAAAUGUUUUUUUUUUCGGAGGAAUUCAAUCCACCUAACACUAUUGACUAACAGGAACAUGAGCGAAGAGCACUCUUGGACUUCAAAUUCUCUCUGCGCGACCCUUCAAAUCGCUUGGAUUCAUG